AUGACGUCGGUCUCUCUUCCCCCAACCAGGCCCGACAGGACAUUAUCACCAUUUGGAGGAUCAUCAUCGGGCGGAUUUGGAGGCCAUUCUGACGCGGGGCAUCACGACUUCAACCUCGAUGGAGCUGGCGGUGGCAGUGGGAAGCGGUCGAAGCGCAACCUGACGAACCAGCCAUUCGAAAUGACGACUCUCGCGACGAAGCGUAAGGGCGUUAACCCAUUCGACGGCGCAAGCUCAGACGACAAUCGCCGGAAGAAAAACACGAAGAAUAGCUCACAAUCCGACUGGAAAAAGAAAUCCCCUCAGCCGCAAGGCGCGAAACCGAAUGGUGCGAAGAAGGGCCCGAAAGGUUUCGGGUCCACGCAGUCGCGCGGCGGUUUCGGCACUCAAAACAACAACAGCCACACUCAUAGCACAGAAUCUACCGAAUACGAAACGGACGAUGCGAGCGGAAAAUCGAGCGGUGACGGUACGCCGUACUCGGACAAGAUAUUCUCCCAACUGCGGAAGGAAGCAAUCGCGCCGCCAAGAUGGCCGUCCGAUCCGGGAAACACGACCUCGAAGGCUGCGAUGGCCAAGUUCAGAGAGGAGUACAAAGCAUAUCGCGAUCGCGCCAGAUCUUCUUUGAUGCGCGCCGGGUUGAUCGACGACCCAGACAAACCCAAGCGGCUGGAGGACGCGAUCGACUUUAAAGGCAUCUGCGACGCGAUGUGCCCCGACUUUGAAAAAAUCACCCGUAUUACCGAAUUCGACGUUCAAUCCGCCGAAAAAGACCCUCGGACUACUUUUGCCAUCACCUCGAAGAUGGUCAAGAAGUUGGCCAGAUCCGCAGCUGGUCAGGAGGCACCUCUACCCAUGGAUGUCAGGUCUACUGCGGCGCUCAGAAAAACACUCGACUACUUAAUCGACGAUCUACUGCAGACGGACGACAAUCUGCCCUCCCUACAUGGCUUUCUGUGGGACAGGACGCGUGCGAUUCGCAGGGACUUCAUUUUUCACUCGACAAUGUCUCCCGAGGAGAUGAAGGACCAAGUUUACUGCCUUGAGACGAUUGCUAGGUUUCACGUCACGUCUUUGCAUCUUCUUUCUCAGGAAGGAUUUGCGCCAGAAGACUUUUCGGAACAACAGGAGAUCGAGCAGUUGGGAAAAUCGCUACUUUCGCUGAUGUUUGCGUACGAUGACUGCAAACCGCAGGGCGUUGUUUGCGAAAACGAGGCCGAGUUCAGAGCGUACCACUUGCUCUUUAGUGCGAACAAGCCCAAUAUACUCGACGACGUGCAAAAGGAGUGGGGAGACUCUCGUUUCUGGACCGAAUCCGACGAAAUCAGGACGGCUGUUUCGCUUGUUGAGAGUCUACAAAGUGCCGAGGACUUUCAUGGUCCAUUAGGCUCCGGGCCAUCUAUGGCGGUAUCUGGUGCACACCGCACCUAUUUCAAAAUUCUCGCAAGCAAAGAAGUAUCCUACACGAUGGCUUGCUUUGCAGAGAUUCAUCUUGGUCAACUCCGUCGCUCGGUCCUUCGCUCCCUGAAGAAGGCGUACACCAGGCCCCGUCACGGAGCGAAAGAUAUCACACCCUCUACACUCAACCGCUUUCUUCACUUCGACACAGAAGCUCAGGCAAUCGAGUUUGUCGAGCAGCACGGCCUCGGCUUUUUAAAUGGACAAGGACCAUCGGUUUCUCUCAUCAACUCGUAG